AUUUACUGAAAAUAGCUGUGUGUCAAAUAUGAAAAUCACGCUCAGUAGGCCUAUAUGUUUAGUCAAAAAACGUCCCCGAUUUCAACCAUGACGUAACCACAAAGAGCAGACAGUGGCGGAAAUAGUCAAUUGGUGUCGUAAAAAAUACAAGCGUGCAAGCGGCCUGAAAAUGGCGGAGUAUUUGGCAUCCAUUUUCGGUACAGAGAAAGACAAGGUCAACUGUUCUUUCUACUUUAAAAUUGGUGCUUGUCGCCAUGGCGAUCGCUGCUCCAGGUUGCACAACAAGCCCACUUUCAGCCAGACCAUCUUGAUUCAAAACAUCUACCGUAACCCCCAAAACAGUGCACAGACGGCCGACGCGUCUCGCUGUAAGUCCCAUUACUCCACAGCAGGGCCGCGCUAGUUAACCCCUCUUUUUGUUAUGACUCCCACUCCUCCCGGUGUAGGUCCGGCCCAAAGCCGCUCACCAAGAGGGAGCCUCAGCACUGUUAAGCAGGGAUCCCAACCUUACAGCACAUCACCUGCACAUG